AUGGUUAAAGUUCCUCUGCAGAUCUCUCAGGUGUCCUCCUCAUCAUCAGUAAACGUAGCUGCUCAGGUAAACAUCACAGCAGAACCCAGACAGGAAGUUACUCUGACCUGUAGAGCUCCCAUCAAUGAGCGCUUAGAUCCACAUGACCAGGAUCCAUCUUAUAGGAACCGGGUGGAUCUACAGGACAGACACCUAAAGAUCAGAGGCAUUUCUCUGGUUCUGAAGAAUGUGAAGAUGGAGGACAGUGGAAGAUAUGAGUGUCAAGUUGUCCAGAAAGGAACAAUCAGCAUGAUCAGAAUCAGCUUGAAGAAUGAAACAAUCAGCAGCUCUGACCAGGAAGGUCAUCAACAAGCUCAGGUAGACGUCACAGCAGAACCCGGACAGGACAUUACUCUGCCAUGUAAAGUUCCCGACAACAAAACCAUCAUAGAUGUAGAGUGGAACAAACCUGAACUGGCUCUAGACAAUGUCCUGUUUUACCGAGAUGGACGCUUAGAUCCAGACUACCAGCAUCCAUCUUACAGGAACCGGGUGGAUCUACAGGACAGACAGAUGAAGGACGGAGACGUUUCUUUGGUUCUGAACAAUGUGAAGAUGGAGGACACUGGAACAUACGAGUGUCGAGUUUUCCUGGAAGGAACAAACGGUUUGACGAAGGAACCCAUCAACAUCACCUUCCUGUUAGUUCAUCAACUAGGUGAGUUUUGAAGGAGGAGAUC